CUUACCGUUAUAGGUCUUACAUACAGGUCUUGAAACUUCAUCGAAUUUCAGUGGUGGGGGAUGGUCGCUUACUGAGGUUGAAUUUAGUUUCAAACAGCGUCGCUGUGAUCGAGUUACCCCUUAUCUAUCUCACUCUACAAUCGGACCUACGUGAAGAUAGCAUUGUAACAUUUACUUUUUGAACAUUUUUUGUUGUCAAAAAAUUGUCGGUUUUUUGGUGGUGUUUGGUGGACCAGUUAAAAAAUUUGGUGGUUGCCCAUUUUUCUGGAAAAUGGAAAAUAAAAUUUGGAUUGUGAAGGUAGCCCCGAAAGUCUUAUUUUUUAUAACAACAAUUUUUUUUUGUAUGGAAUCGAUGCCAAAUUUUUUGACGGUCACGAAUUACCUAAUUACAAAAUUUGGUGGCAAGUGGUUUCGUUAAAAACAAAAAAAAAACCGUACGCAUACCUGUGAAAUGUGAAGUUAGCCCCAAAAGUUUUAUUUAUCAAAAAAAUAAUUUUUUUGAGUUUAAACGAUGCCAAAUUUUUUGGCAGUAACGGAUUACCUAAUUACCCAAUUUGAUGGUACGCAGUUUCGUUGGAAAAAAAGCCGUACGUACAUCUGUGGAGUGUGAAGUUAGCCUCAAGAACUUUAUUUAAAAGACAAAAAUGGGUUUGAGUACAUUCGAUGCCAAGUUUUUUGGUGGGCAAGGAUUACGAGAUUAUAGAAUUUGGUGAUAACCGUCGUAUUGAAAAUCAAAUAUUAGGCCUUUCCAGCUGCGCAACAGGGGCUAUUACCGACGGGACGUAUAAACUUCGAGUCCAAGUUGCUCAAAUGCAAGUAGACAACGACUUGCAGGAAGGCGUACACAUUCGCGUGCCAGGGGAAUUGAAAAAAGAUGGAUUUGGAUCAAUUUUACUUCUAACAAAUGACAAUCGGAGCAUCUCUAUUAUCGAUGAUGAAAUUAUGUCAGCUUCCGAUCUUCGCAAAGGAUUUCGUCAAAUUCUAAAGCAUCCCAUCACAACGUGCGAAGAUGAAAAGGAAAAUUUCAAGAAAACUAAAGCCGAUUAAUCAAGCACAACAGGCCAAAACCAUCACACCCACCCACGUCCGUCAGUUCAUCUGUUCAAUAAUUUUUUUAUUUGUUAUUAUUUUACUUUACUGUGUAUGUGUAUACAUAUAAAAAGUAUCUCAAAUAAAAAGUUUGUCAUACUUUA